AUGGGGCUUAUUUACAAAGACAAAGCUGAAGUUUAUAAUUAUCUUUUUCAACUCGAAAAAACUAUAUUUUUUAAAACAGUGGGACCACUUACAAAUGCUUUUGUGUAUCAAUCCAUUAUUUUUAUACAGAUAGGUACAGUUUUUUAUGUAUACAAUCCUAGUCUAUUGUCACAUGAUGCAUUGGUCUAUUCAUUUGAAAUCCAAAGCCCAGGAAUCAUUUCUUGUGGAUGAUAUCGUUGAAAUGAGUUAUUGAUUACCAAUUAUAAUCCAGAUGCAAAACUUAUUGAAAUAUACAAGAACUCAUUUCCAAGUAAAAAGGUUUUCCCUCCUGUUUAUGAAAUUAACAUAAUUGCUGAUGAUAUUGAUAGUUUACAGAGCUUAUGCUAUAAUGAAAGUUUUUCAGUGAUUGCAUAUAAUGCCCAUGACAAAAUGGAAGCCAAUUUUUCAUUAUUGUUGCACGUUGAUGGGAACUUCCCAUGAAUAGAAAAUGACAAAUUAGUUCUUCAUGAAAAUCUACCUUAUACUAAUAGAUUUGAGGUAGAUUUAAGCGACUCAUUUCAUGGACAAUAUUUAAAUAUGAGUUUGAAUAUCAAUGAAAUUAAUAUUCAUGAUCAAACAUCAGAAAUUUUACCAGCUUUCGUACCGAAAAGAGUAGAAGUUGUAGGAGAAUAUGAAGCAAAAAAUAACUGAAUGAAAGACCAUAUUAUUCUUCCCCACACAGAAAUAGCUUUGAUAGUCAGUGAAAAUGGUUUUCUUUUUGUGAACUCAAAAGGUUUUAACGAUGAAGAAAAAUUUUUGAAUAUUUCUGAACAUACUAAUCUCAAAAACUUGGCUUGCUCUUUAGUCGAAUCCUUUCCACAUACAAUUAAAAAUUUGGCAUUAAUAGUUACAUCUUGCACUUAUCGAGCUCCAAGUGAUCAUCUUUUUGUGAAAACAGUGAGAGAAUUUGCUCUCAAAAAUGCACUUAUUUUGUGGGAAAUCGAUUUUAUUAGCUUAAAAAUUACUAAUUAUAGCGUAUUCAGUAUUGCUGUAGGACCAUGAUGCUUGAAAAUUGCUCCGCUUACUGAGAUAAUGGUUGCAAUGGGUGAUAAUAGCAUAUUUGAUUAUAAUGAUGUUUUAAGAUUUAGAGGAAAAUGAAUUGAAAAUCUCAUAACUAUUGAGCUUUUAGAAACUAUAAAUUUUCUUUCAUUAGAUAUUCCAUCGCUUUCCCCUGUGUCACUUGAUUACAAAGUAAAAAAUUCUCAAACUUCUUACUGAUAUCUAGCAGACAAAAAUUAUGGAAUUAGGGUUUUAGAAACGAAUAAUAACCAAAAAAGCCGUUUGGUAGGAGAGCUUCCAAUCUACAUCAUCAUAACUAUUUCAUACCAUUUGGUCUUUGUGGAGAUAUUUUAUAUGUUUCUUCAUCUAUGUCAGCAAUAG